GGAAAACUCCCAUCUUUCUCCAAAGGAGCUAGAGAACCAGGAGCUGCCCGGGGAGCCGGAGUGGGGGCGCCGAGGGGUGUCUGCUUCAGUCCGGGGUGCACGUGUAAGGGGGACAGCUGCCCUCCGCCUCCCAGCUAGAUGCGGGUCGGGCUGACCCGGGGGGGAGGGGGGAGUGUUCACCGGGCCUGGGCCGCACACUGAGAGGGACAGGAGCCCCCCGGAGCCCACCUCAGGAGCCGCUCUGCCUGCCCUUGUGCUGCUCUACCCGGGAGUGUUGUGGAGGAGGCCGGAGACGGCACUACGAGCGCUGGUGACUCCGCCAAGCAGCUGCUCUGACGGCUCGAUCUGUGGCCAUUAUCUCUGAAUUCCUGGCCGCUCAUAAAGACUCAUUUAGGCCAUAUCAUUUUGAAGUUCUUGGAGGAGCGGGACCUUGAUUUCCUGGAGGCGAAUGAAGAUUCUAAGGCUUUGGUUCUGAGGAAACAGGGCUAUAGCACUGACUUUGUGGCAUCAUGGGGUCCCCUGGGAAGAACGGCGAUAUUUCACCUACAGAUUGGACAAUAAAGAAAACGCAGGAAAGAUGCAACGUAUAAGUGGAUAAUAUUCAAGACGUCUCCAUCUCGGCGCGCUGCUCGGCUGGACAGAGAUGACAUGUUCAUUACACAUGUGUAUUUGUUACCGGAUAAACCACCACAGCGCAUGGAUGGACCGUACCAUUUCAUAGCAGGGGGAGACUAUUGCCUUCUGAGGGGGGUCCGCUUCUGGAGCAACGUGGGAUAUCUGACGGAAAUGGCUUAUGGAAGCAAUGCCCGAUUCGUCUGACUUGCCCUGAACUUUACUUAACCAAAUGCACUUUGUGCGGUUCACACGGCUGUGUAGGAUUGGUCCUCCCGGAGUCAUGAGAACAUAUGGCAUAUUGCAGUCCUCUUUCUGUUGAUACCUUGGCUGAACCACAAUAAGAAAAUGAAUGGUGGAAAGGUAUGUGAUGGAGGAGACAAUGACGGCGGCCCCCUGUCGGUGCAGGUUCCGGUGGGCUGGCAACGGCGAGUGGACCAAAGCGGCGUUCUCUAUAUUAGCCCAAGCGGAUCCCAUCUGUCAUGUUUGGACCAGGUCAAAUCUUAUCUUCUCACGGAUGGAACGUGCAAGUGUGGCCUAGAAUGUCCUCUUAUCCUACCGAAGGUGUUUAAUUUUGACCCCGGAGCUGCUGUGAAGCAAAGAACCGCAGAGGAUGUCAAAGCAGAUGAGGAUGUGACCAAGCUGUGCAUCCACAAGCGCAAGAUCAUCGCUGUGGCCACACUACACAAGAGCAUGGAGGUCCCGCACCCUUCACUGGUGUUAACAAGUCCUGGCGGAGGAACAAAUUCAGCUCCUGUCGUGCCCAGCCGCGCAGCUACCCCACGAUCCAUGAGAAAUAAAUCACUCGAGGGCAUGGUGAAUUCUGUGCUGCCGGAAUGUAAAAAUCCAUUUAAGCUGAUGGUUAAAGAACAUGUGGGACCUCAACCGCAUGACCUUCAUCCUGCAUAUCCAACACAGAGGUUAGGUAGCAGCGAGCAUGGACAGAAAUCACCAUUUCGUGGGGGCCAUGGCAACAUGACAAGUCCAGCGUCCUCUGGAUCCCAAAUUUACGGUGAUGGAUCUGCAUCUCUAAGGACCGACCCAUUGGGAAGCCCUGAUGCAUUUACAAGGAACAGUCUCAACUACCACGCUCCACACAAUUCCAGUCCCAUUCAUGUGAACAGGACUCCCAUAUCUCCACAAUCCAUCAUGUUGCACGGGUCUCCGGUGCAGCAGUCAUGUGCUGUGGCCAGUAGGACAAAUUUACCUUUGUCUCCGACGUUUGCCAGUCCAGUGUUGAAGAAAACCAUUUGCAAUUACCCACCCAACAUGGAUAUGUCUUGUGCAGUGUUUAAUCACAAACAGACACCAGGUCCACCCCUACCACCGCCACCCCCUCCGCCGCCACCUCCACCACUGCAUUGUGCGCGUCAGAAAAAGCCAUUAACGUCAUCGGAGAAAGAUCCACUUGGCAUUCUCGACCCCAUCCCCAGCAAACCGGUUCUCCAAAACCCUGUAAUGAACACUACCACGUUUCAUCCAAAUGUUCACUCUCAGGUACCCGUGAUGAAUGUAAGCAUGCCACCUGCCGUCGUUCCUUUGCCAAGUAAUCUUCCAUUGCCAACCGUCAAACCCGGUCACAUGAAUCACAGCAAUCACAUUCAGAGAGUCCAACACCCAACGUCCCCUUCUCCAGUCACGUCCCCAGUUCUCACAAUACCACCCGUCAUAGGAAGGAUCGAGGCGUCGCCCCAAAGAUCACGUUCUUCUUCCACGUCGUCCGAUCAUGGAACCUUCAUGAUGCCGCCGCUGGGUACACAACCCACCUGUGGUGGCCUCACACUCCCGCCACGUUCUCCGAGGCCCAGCAUGGUCUCUCCAAGACCAUCCAUGCCAUCGAGCCCUUCAAUGAAGCCUGAUGGACAUCACCAGUACAAAGAUAUCCACAAUCCACUGAUAGCUGGAAUGAGCAAUGUAUUAAACCCCCCAAACAACACUGUUUUCCCCCCCUCUUCGGCUGGUAACGCUCCUGUUAAGGGUCAGACGGGAUUGCUGGGGAUGCCUUUAAAUCAGAUCUUGAACCAGCAUAACGCUGCCUCUUUCCCAGCGAGCAGUUUACUUUCAGCAGCAGCCAAAGCACAGCUAGCAAAUCAAAAUAAACUCGCUGGUAGUAAUAGCAGUUCCGGACCGGCCGUCAGCUGCGGCAGCAAUGAUGGAAAUAGCACUUUACCCACAAUGUUCCCCCCAGCCUCCAACGUACUACUACCGCCACCGGCCGAGGGGCAGAGUGGCCGGGCGGCUCUGAGAGAUAAGCUAAUGUCUCAGCAGAAGGACUUAAGAAAAAGAAAGCAACCCGCGUCGACGGUCGUCAAUCUCAAGCCACCACCCAUGGAUAACCCCAGCCUACAGAAGCCGGGAGCCGAUCUGAUGCGGAAGCAAGGGCAAAACUCAUUUCCCGUGAAUUCAAUGUCUCAGCUCCUCCAAACCAUGAGUUGUCAGAACUCCCACAUGAACAGCAAUAGUACCAUUCCCGACUCGAACAUGAGUCUGCCUUGUUCUGCCAACCAGCUGGGUUAUAAUGACAACGGCCUGAGCGCUGCUAAUCUCCAUAAUUCACUGGCUCUUAACAUACCCAUUAGAGGGGAGGGCGUCUCCUGCCAAAAUCCAAACACUAACUUUGUUCAUGGCAACAAUCCAGUUCCUAACGCUCAUCUCACUGGACUCCUCAACCAGAUGCAAAGCAGUAGCGCUUAUGGGAUGCUACCCCAUCCGGGGAACCAGUUACAUCUCAACCCAUCCCAGCCAAGAAUGCAGACGGCAUCCUCUAUACCAAUGAUCGCCAGCAGCAUUGGUAACAGUUCAGAUUCAGGAGGUCAGUUACCUUUGUCAUCGGUAGCAAUAGCCGGCGCGGGUCAGCCAGCCAUAACAAAAACUACAUCUGUCCUCCAAGAUGGCGUCAUAGUCACUACAGCAUCUGGGAUGUCGAUGCAGGGCCACCAUCCGAUGGGCAACAACUUCCGUUUUCCAGGACCAGAGCACACGAAUCACUUUGCACAGAACGCUAACAACAACCUUCCACGACCCAUCAACCCCAAUCUCCUAAAUGCUCUGCCGAUGGGAUUACCCAUGAAUCAGCAGCAUCUACUGAAUCAGAACAUCCUGCACAUGCUGCAGCCCUCUACAGGAGAAGGAGACCUGUCAUCGGUGAACAACCCCCUGAAUAACCAUCAGCUGUCUCAUCUUCAGUCCAUACUAAACAACAAUCAGCAGCAGCAGCAGCUCCUGCAGGGGUUCCCCAAUCUCCAUGCCUUGAAAGGACAUGUCCCUGGGCCUCCGAACAAUAUAAACCCCAUGGCCUGCUUGUUCCAAAACUUCCAGGUGAGAAUGCAAGAAAGCAAAGAGGUGAAUGCCCAGAUGGGAUUAUCUUCAAUACAUGAAAACCCAAACUCUGCACUCCCUCCAUUUCCAGAGAAAUCCUGUACCAUGCCGCAUAGGACAGAACAGUACAUAAAAGAUAAUGUACGGGAGGGGGACAGCUCGGUGGAUGCCAUUUAUAAAGCUGUGGUAGACGCAGCCAAUAAAGGAAUGCAGGUGGUCAUCACCACGGCCGUGUCCAGCACAACACAGAUGAGCCCCAUCCCAGCACUAAGUGCCAUGAGUGCCUUCACUGCAUCCAUCGGCGACCCGUUAAAUCUCUCGAGUGCGGUGAAUGCUGUCCUCCAUGGAAGAAACAUGACACAUUCUGAUCACGAGGUCAGAACCAGGAACUCUAGAGGUAAUCGGAUGAGGAAAAACUUCGAUCACGGCAAGCAUGUAGCGGAUGGGGACGGGUUUGAUUAUUUCAAGUCGGGAUGCAAUACACCUAAAAGACAGUGGAAUGGGAGUCAGAGUCCCGGAGACGUGAACAGGUGGAAAUGUGAGGAGGUUCUGGACCACAACGCACAGGUCCAUGGCAAUCCUUACCAAGCAAGAUCUGGCAACGUCUCUAUAUUGCACUCCUUCGAAGAUGAGCAGUGCCAGAUUUUGUUGCCCCCCAGACAUUGUCCGAACGAUAAGACGCUAGAGGAUAAUUUCAGGUUUAACCAUUACAAAAGAACUAUGAUGAGUUUUAAAGAGAGGUUGGAAAGCACGGUGGAGCGCUGCGCCCAUAUGAACGGUAACCGGGCCACUCCGCACAGAGGGUAUGGAGAUCUGCUCAGCAUCCCCAAACAAGAGAUCAGCAUGGAGGAACAAUCUCCCAGCUCUUCCAACAGUUUGGAAAGUUCUUUAGCGAGAGACUAUAUCCAUUAUAAUGGAGACUUUCACGCCAAGGGCAUGAACGGGUGCGCCCCAAGUCCCUCGGACACCAAGAGUAUCAGUAGUGAGGAUGAUCUGAGGAUUCCGGACUCCCCUUCUUCAAAUGACUUAAUGCCCUAUAGGCCAAGGACGUUUAAUAUGGGGGACUUGGUCUGGGGGCAGAUUAAAGGACUGGCCUCGUGGCCUGGAAAAUUGGUGAGGGACGACCUACACAACGUGUAUCAGCAGAACUCCGAGGAGGGGAAGGUGGAGAGUGAUAAGUUUAAGAGCCUGACGGAGGGCCUAGAGGCUUACAAUCGAGCACAGAAGAGGAACCGCAGGAGUGGAACACUAAACAACCAUUUAGAAGCUGCAAUACAUGAGGCAAUGCAUGAGCUGGACAAGAUUUCUGGCAAUGUGCCUCAGAGAGAGCGACAGCUGAAGCCCCCAAAACCCAAGAGGAGGAAGAUCUCCAGAUAACAUUGACCGUUACCAAGAUGAUAUAUGUGUAUAUAGGCAUUGAUAAUAAUAAUAUAUGUAUAUCAAUAUUUCUAGAUAUCACCACCUGGUGUAAAGUGAAUAUGUGGUAAAUAUUUUUGCAUUUUAGGCAGGUGGGCGCUGGAAACCUAAAAAAAACAAAAAACCAUGUGACUGACUGGAGAUAAUCCGUUGUUUUUUUUCUAUAACGCUACAAUUGUGAUUAUACAGAAUAUUAGUCCAAUGUUUCGGAUACAUUUUCAGUGUGUAUAUAAGAAGCUCUAGAGUUUGAUGACGAUGACUGAGAUGUAAAUAAUGUACAAUAUUGUCAUGUACAAGCCGACCUAAUGCACACUUUAUCUUUUACUGUACAAUAAUAGUGUACAAAAAUUCUUUGGUUUCUAUCAAGUUAAUGUUUAAGCGGUGUAUAGAGGUUAAAAAAAACAAAACAAAAAAAAAAACUUUUAUAUCGUAAUGUCAGAGAUGACAGCAAGGGGGCGCUCAUCAGUCCUGAUCAUGACCUUCCAGGAAGCCCCAUACUCCCAUUUCAGGUACCUGUUGGAGAGUGAGAUACAGAAGUAGAAGACUGCAUGUCCUCUUGCUAACUUAACAAUCCGCAAUAAUUAGUUUCAUGUUUUUUGUUUUUUUUUCCCUCCCAUUUGUCACAGCUAUGGCCGAUGGUGUAGGGGUAGGCUGACCUGGGCGGCUUUCCUUUAUCGUGUUACCCUGCAAACACAUCUCUUCUAUGUUGUAUACAUAGAGAUACUGUACAGCUGUGCAGAAGCUUAACUGUAACAGUCAUCCGGGGACAUGGGACAGUGAGGUCUAUAUUUACACCCACCGCUGUCCCUCAUCUGCCGCCCAGGUCAGUAAGGCUCCUACAGACGUAAAGCAGAGAAGUUUCUUAGUUACAUCGUUGUUGUGUUUUUUUUUUUUUCUCCUUAAAAGUAUCAUUUAAAGGGGUCCUCCACCUAAUUUUAUUUUCACCAAAAUGUGAGAGCUGUAGAAAAUCAUAGGCCCACCUUUUUUUAGGCCAGUGAAAAUUAAUAAAUCAUUGGAGUGGACUGCGCCAAAUUAAUUAAUUAAAAGGUCUUAGAUGCGCCAAAUUUACUGAAAGACUAUCUAGAAACCAGAAAAUGAAAUCUACACCUGAUGUGGCAUUAAUAUUAUUAGAUAUAUCUAAAUGUUAUGGCUGUGCGCCUCCUGGCAAGCCAAUUUUUUUACUUUUCGCAAAAAAAAAAAAUGGUUUAAAAAAAAAUCUAAUUUAUUUUGUACAAUUGCAAAUAUUUUUAAAAAUUUGCGUCUUUAAAGAAAAAAAAAAAAAAGACGCAAACCUGUUGAUAAAUUUCUCCGUAGUCUAUUUCCAACCCCCCUCUCCCCCCUUUUAAACCAUACUAAUCUCGCCAUUUAAAAGGCUGUAGUUGUUAGACUGUAUUUCCUAAUAACCAGCCGGACUCAUUUAAAGUGAAUGUCCACCCUUAAAGGGGUUGUCGGAAAUACCUAAUUUCUAACAGGUGCUGGUAGCCGGCCUCCCAUACUGUAAGAAUCAUACUUACCUGCUCCACGCUGCUUCGGUCCUCUGUGCUUGCGUUUUUUGGCACAGCAUAAAUUGACAUGCUGCAGAUUUCAGAUCCGAUGUGAUUUUUGUAUGCAGCGUGCGGAUGAGAUUUGUAAAAAAAAUCUCAUCCGCUUUGCUGGCACUGUACAACUAUGAAAAUCCUCCAUGGCAAAUCCGCAGCUAAUCCGUCACGUGAGGGCAUAGCCUUUAAAGAUAACAUGCUGGCUUCCUGCAGCAGCCACUAGAGGGAGCUUACUGCCUACUGUAAUAUUAGCAGAGUAUUAUAACUGUAUAAAAUGAACUCCUAAGCUCCCUCUAGUGGUGGCCACAGGUAGCCAGGAUCUUUAAAAUUAAAUCUGUGCAGAAGGUCAGAGUUUUUAGCCUAAAAGCAACAUAAUGAUAAAAGGUGGGCAUUGCUGUCUGCGCACAUGGCCGCAGUCAAAUUUUUAAAACAAAUCAUACAAAAAGAAAUCUAAUAAUAGAAUUAGGUGGAAAACUUUUUAACAUACACUUUAUUUUUAUUUUUUAAAUUGCACUGAUUUGCAGCCUGGUUAAUUCCUACUACAGUGUUUGGAUACAUCCAGAAUGAUCCAUAUAUACAGUGAUGUGCUAAGUGAUCUUCUUUGUGUUUGUUUCUAAGCCACAGCUGAGAUUCCACGGAAUUUAUCCACGGAUUUCACCGGCAAAACUUAUAUUGCUAACUGUCUGACACUACAGAACUGUGCGCUGUCUACAUAGCCUGACCUUGGAAGCAUGCAUUUAUCCCAUCACACAGUAUUAACGCGUCUCGAGCUGCCGGGGUGGAUUCGCCCUAUACGCAGCUUCUGUACUUUUUUCUUUUUAUUGUUUUGUUGCUGUUGUUUUUAUCAGUAUUAUGUAACAUAUCACAGAUUUAUUUUAUUUAAAAAAAAAAAAAAGUAUUUAUACUGUUAACAGAUUAUAUAUUAAUGUGGCUGAAACAUGCGAGUUAUUUUAUUAACCAAAUUAUUUAUGUUACGUAAAGUGAAAAUGUGAAGCUAAAAAAAAAAAAAAAAUAGAGAAAAACACUACGUAUAAAUGAGCCGACAAUAUUGUAUUGUAACGAAAAGUUUCACUGGUGCAUAUGUAGGUUCACCCGUGUGUGAAUAUACAUCUGUUAUCUCUGGACCUGGUGGAUUGCAAAAAGCUCCCGGUGUGAGCACCACAGUAGAGUGCACCCGUCAUCUGUCCAGCAAGCCAUUUUGAGGUUGGUGUUGAGGAGAAGACCCAGAUUCAGCAUCCAUAGACAGGCAAAGGGGUCACAGAAGAUGUCACCUCGUCAGUGAGCACCAUCUUUCCCUUAGAUGAGGAUCGUGUCAAUGCCCAAGCAUUCUUCCGUCUUGCAAGAUUAUCCAUGCGGAGUGUUCAGCUUUGAUGCGGUAGCUAUGGUCUGGUCAGUUGUCAUAUACGCUUUAUAGGGCGGUUGUGCAUCCAAGUACUGACUCUGAUGCCCAACAUUGAGCAAGGAGUCAAGUUGGUACAUUGAGCUGGAGCCCAUUGCCCCUGUUAAAGGGCGUCUGUCAGCAGUUUUGUACCUAUGACACUGGCUGACCUGUUACAUGUGCUCUUGGCAGCUGAAGGCAUCUGUGUUGGUCCCAUGUUCAUACAG